GAGGGAUUAUUGCGCUUUUAAAUGAAUUAUAAAACCGCUUUCAUUUAAAGUACGCCAAUAAUCUUAUGGACAGUGUUUAAAGUUUUCAGGGUUUCCAAACCUUUUUAGAGAUAUAAACUAACAUGGUUGCCGGAUUUGGACGCAUCAUAUAGCAGCCUUGGAAUCUUUCCGUAAAUUUUUGACGCUAUCCAGAUCUAACUUUUUAUCGAAGAAUGGAACCAAAUAUGUUUUAGAAACAACUAUAAUGAUAUCACAUUUCAAAUAUGGGGAAACAAAACAGUAAACUCAAACCUGAAGUAUUAGAAGAUCUAAAACAAAAUACAGAGUUCACAGAUGCUGAGAUCCAAGAAUGGUAUAAAGGGUUUCUGAAAGACUGUCCAAGUGGACAUUUGUCAGUAGAGGAGUUUAAAAAAAUAUAUGGAAAUUUUUUUCCAUAUGGCGAUGCAAGUAAGUUUGCAGAGCACGUGUUUAGAACUUUCGAUGCUAACGGCGAUGGGACUAUAGAUUUCCGAGAGUUCUUAUGCGCCCUAAGUGUUACGUCGCGCGGAAAACUGGAACAAAAAUUGAAAUGGGCUUUUUCAAUGUACGAUUUAGAUGGAAACGGAUACAUAUCCAGGCAAGAAAUGCUUGAAAUUGUUACGGCAAUAUAUAAAAUGGUUGGAUCGGUUAUGAAAAUGCCAGAAGAUGAAAGCACCCCUGAAAAAAGAACAGAUAAAAUUUUUCGACAAAUGGAUAGAAACAAAGAUGGAAAAUUGAGCUUGGACGAAUUUAUUGAAGGUGCAAAAAGUGAUCCUUCUAUAGUGCGGCUUUUACAGUGUGAUCCACAGGCACAUUAGCUUAAAAGUAAAUAAAAACAAGCAAUAAACAUUAAAACGUGAAUUCAAUGAAGAUUGUUUUGCAUAAUUAAUAUACUUUAAGCCAAUAAAAAUGGUAAAACGGAA